CGUUACAACAAGCGGAUGACCGUAGAUAUUUUUGCAAUACUCAUUACCAAACGGUGGGUAAUUUUGAAGAAAAAAUAUUAAAUUACCAAAUAUUAUAAUACAUAUACGGAAAAUGCUAAACUCGAUCCUAAUAUUCACAACUGAGCAACAACAAAAGAUUAACGAUUUAAGGUGCUUAGUAGAAGACUCACCAAACUUAUGUGUGGGUACAGAUGAUGUAUUCCUUGCAAAGUUUCUGUCGUUCAAAAAUUGGCACCUUGAAAGAGCCUAUGUGGCAUUGCAUCAUUACUACGAUUUUAAAGCAGAAAAUCCUGAUUGGGUAGCUCAUCAUCCCGUUGAAUACUUUCGAGAUGAGUUUUUGGAAGUUGCUGCAAGAUUUGUAAUGCCUAAGCCAGAUAAAGAAGGAAGGCCAAUACUGAUUAUAAGAAUGGUUGAUGCCUUUGCUAGGUAUCCCAAUUAUCUAAUCGAUAGCGCCGAAAUGGAAGAUUUAAUAUUUGAAUCCCUACUGCUGCUGCCUCAGGCUCAAGAAAAUGGUAUAACUGUCAUUUUCGAUAUGACCGGAUUCAAUCGCAACUUUUUACCGUAUGUUGCACCUCGUAUUACACGACUGGUACAUCAAAAAGAGAAAGUGUUGCCCUUUCCGAAACGCUUUGUCCAUUUCAUUGUUGGUGGAGUUUUCAUCAAUGCCAUUACUACAUUGGUAAUGCCACUUAUACUGAAGGAAUUCAAAGAAAAUACUUUCAAUCACGAUGGAAAAAAUUUUGAUAAACUUCGUCAUAUGAUAGGAUUUGAAAAUCUUCCGGCAGAGUAUGGGGGCCCCGAAUACAAUCAAUUGGAUAUAAAUCUUCUUUGGAAUCAUAUUGAGAAGCAUGCUGACUAUUUGUUUAAAUUACAAAGUUAUCAUAAAAAGAAAAUCUAUUAAAAAAUAGAAGUAAUAAGCAAUCGCGAUUCUUAUAAGAAUUAUAUCUGAGAUUCAAAAAAAAAUCAUUUUUA